AUGUCAACACAAGCCGGCUCGUCGACGGAUCAAUACGCACAUGCACCACGGUCAUCGCAGCCGCUUUCGCUAGACCACGCAGACCACGCAUCCGAGGGUGCGAGUACUCCGUUCACAAUGACCGCCGAAGCAUCCUCGUCCCGGUCGCGCACGGAUUCGGCUUCGUCCCACCACGACUCACCCAUUUCGCUCUCCACAUACGUCGACCACACCGCGCAACCACGCAGGCCCGACCCCAACACCGACGCUUCACUCCACCCUGCUACCGCACCGGCGGAUGGCGUCGAGCCGGAAAAGGAUCUUGAAAAGGUUCCACAGGCGGAUCCGGCUGCACUUCGUGCCGAGGCAGACGCGGAUGUGAUCUGGGUCGACUUUCCACCGGACGAUCCGGAGAAUCCGUUCAACUUUUCGACGACGCGCAAGUGGUGCAUCACCAUCCUCGGCGUGCUGUUUACCGCCGAAGUUGCCGCCACCGCUUCGGCGUACGUGCCGGGUAUCCCGUCGAUGGAACGCGAUCUGGGCAUCACCAACCACGAGCUGAGCUUGCUCGGUAUCGCCGUGUACCCGCUCGGCUUUGCGCUGCCGCCGCUCGUGCUCGCGCCGCUGUCCGAGGUGAUUGGCCGAAACCCAAUGUACAUCGUGUGCCAUCUGUGCUACACUGUCCUGUUCGUAGGACUUGGAUUCGCCAAGAAUCUGCCCACCGUCAUCAUCCUGCGCUUUCUGCAGGGCGGAUUCGGCAGCACGGGCAGCACCAUGGUCGGUGGCAGUAUUGCGGAUAUCUGGAACAGCAAGCAGCGCGGACAGCCCAUGGCACUGUUCGCCACGGGCGCCAUCUUUGGUACGGGCAUAGGGCCGGUUUGGGCAGGAUGGGUGGAGCAAAACACACGCCUGCGGUGGCGAUGGAUCCAGUACAUCCAGGCGAUCUACACUGGCUUCAUCCUCAUCCUACUGCUGCUCUUCCUGCGCGAAACAAGAGGCAGCAUUAUCUUGACUCGACGAGCCGCCAAGCUGCGCAAGACUACGGGCGAUGGACGAUACAAAGCCCGUGCCGAGUUGGAGAGGGCAUCGUUGAGCGUGCUCAUCAAGAACUCGCUGACUCGACCGCUGAUCUUUCUGGUCAAGGAGCCGAUCGUGACGUUUUUCUCGCUCUGGAUCGCGUUUACUUGGGGAUUCAUGUACAUGCUCCUCAGCUCCAUCGGCCUCGUCACUGCACAGCACGGCUUUACCCCCGGAGAGACCGGACUGGUUUUCAUCUCGAUCGCAGGCGCCGGCGUGGUGGGAAACCUCAUGAACCCCAUUCAGGAGUAUCUGUACCGCAAGAACUUUGCCACUCGAGGUCCAGAGGCACGGUUGUACCUCGCCUGCGCUGGCGCAGUGUUCUUUCCCCUCGGCUGCUUCAUCUAUGCCUGGACGAGCUUCCCGCACACUUCGAUCGCCGGGCCAGUUGUUGGAGUCGCAACACUCAUGGUGGCGAUUUACCACAUCUACCUGGCUGUGUUCAACUACCUCGCCGAUGCCUACCUCACCUACGCCAGCUCGGCACUCGCAGCCCAGAGCUUCGCACGCAACCUCUUCGGAUUCAUUUUUCCAUUAUUUGUAGAACGGCUCUACCGCGGCCUCGGCUAUCAGUGGGCCAGCACGCUCUCGGCCUUCCUGGGCGCCAUUCUGGGCGUGGUACCGUUCGUGCUCUUCUUCCAUGGCAAAAAGAUCCGCGCCAAAAGCAAGAUCAGCCAAGCGCUCCAGAGGCAAUUUGAAGAACAGGAUCGUCAAGCCAAGGCAUAG